AAAUGGAGUCUCCUGCAUGUCCAAUCUGGCCCAUGGGCUGGAUUUUGCCCACCCCUGCCCUACACCGUACAGUCUUCCCCGUCCCCUUCCCCUGAUGCACAAGUCACCCCAGCCUGGGGCAGGCAGCGGCUCAGUUCCAGCUUCAGCUCAGGGUGGAAGCUGGAGCUGAGCUGCCGUCUGCCCCAAGUCAUUAUUUAAAUCUGAGAUAAGGCAUUUCUGGCUCUUCCCUGCUCCACUGGGUUCAAGGAAAUAGAUAUACCUUGGAUGCCUUAUGUUGUUUAUUUGACUGCUUUCUAUUUCAAAGUAGCCUGAGUUAUGUCUUGUCUUGCUGAGACUUGCUUCGGUAUACAUUUUUAGCCUCAUCAGAUUGAUCUUAAGUCUUUUGUGUCUGGGCUCACCCAUGCCAUCAACUUUACUUGUUAUGGAGGUCUAUGAACAAUGGGUUUUUCAGUCUGGCAGCCAAAUCCUGAAUCCUCCCUACCUCUCAACCCUCUUAGUUUUCAUCUGGUACCUCUUGCUUUUUUGUGAAAAUCAAGCCCUGCAAAAAAACUACUUUCAGACACUAGUCUGCAAAUAAUGCAAUAGUUUUGCUAUUUUGUGUAUUGUAUUGUCGUCCUGAGAGAACUAAACUGUCAAUCAUAACUUUGAGUUUCAUUAGAGCCUAAUUCCUUUAAAAAAGGGGGAAAAGGCCCUUCCCUGUGCUUAAACUGCUAUCUAAUAUAAUGCACUUAAGCAUGGUUCUUGCUAUAUUUUGGGUAUAAGACACUUGGAAGGAAAUAAGUGUCAAACACCUCAGACAACAACACAUUAUAGCGCUGUCAUUCAGAACUUAAGAACAGAGACAUCAAGCUCUUCACUUCCUUGUUGAGAGAGUCUGGAGAAUGAGACUCCUUGUUAGAAGCAGGAAGUUUAAAGCACACUCUUUGUUCAGAUGUCGGCACAAAAUGCCUUUGAAUGAAGAAGGAUUCUUCCCUAAAAGGUCAAAGACAGGAGACAAAAGAGAGCACAGAAGUUUUGAAGGGUGUAAGAGGACAAAAUCCAUGACAAGGCUGUCCGCUUCUUGGCCAAGGAUAAGACAAAGGGGUAAUGACAACUUUGCCCAUUUCUGGAAAGGAGCCUUUCAUCUGAUAAGGCCUGUUCUUGCUCAUAGUACUAGCUUUGGUAGUUGAUUUUCUUGCCUCUUCUUCACAGUGACACAGCUUACCCAGCAACUUGAAUGGACUAGGUAUGGUGGUUAAUGCAGAGGUCUGGGAGAAUGCUACGUCUUGUAAAUGAGAGACAGAAUUAAGAGUUGAAGGUGCUUCCUCCCUGGAUGGCUGGUGUGAUCUUGAGUAAUUCCCCUGAGUUUCAGUUUUUAAUUAUACAAUCAAAGUUUCUAAAUUCAUAAACCCACUUUUGAAAAUUUCUGUCUCUGCAAAACCAAUAAAUAAAAUAUUUUUUUUUAUUUAAGAAAAUGCAAAUGGUGCUUUGAAACUGUCAUUUUUCGUCAUCUGCUAUAGAUGCUAUGACAUGUUGGAGAAAGACGCUGGUAUGUGGUCUGAGGGAGUAGGGGAAGAGAGCUCUAUUUGAAUACAAGUAUUGAGUAUUGGAUUCAGAGUGCUGCAGUCUCUUUCCCCAUGUCAUGUUACAGUUGUGGGCACAUUUGUGAUAAACAAACCAUCUGAAAAAUACUAAGUACAAAAACCAGAAGUGUUUGUUUGCAGAAUGUGAGCUCAUUACUAGUUUAGACCUUUUCUGUGUAAACAAUUGUCCUAGACUCCCAGGAAAGUCUCUUUUUAUUCCAAAACAUAUAAUGACCAGCUUUUGGCCUAUGCUGGUAUGAAAAAUGUGAGAGCAAAAUGGUAUGUUAGUAGUUAUUUUGCAUAUUUCUUUAAUUUGUCCAAUGAGAAACAGUAAGGUAAGUUAUUUUUCUUGCUGCUUUAAUUCAUUAAACAUUCUGAUUUGUGAGUAUAAAGAGUACAACUUUUUUUUUUUUUAAUCAGCCAGUUGAAUUCAGCACUAAUGUUUUCUGGGUCACCAGUCUAAAUCCAGUAAUGUUCCCAUCCGUGCUUCCAUUUGAUACAGCAUUGCCAUGGGAUAUAGUUAGAAAUGUGAAAGGUCUACUGAAUUUUACUUGGCUUGUAAUUUGUAACCUACCAACCUUGAUUCCCUUGAGGUUUUGGGAGUAGAUCUGGGCCAUCUCUUCUAACAGCAGACUGCUUCUAGUUUUUGCUCCAUUUUACAAAGAGAACAAAAUUAUUACCAAAAUUAAAAAUAUUUACAAGUCAUUAAAUAAAUUAGUACCUCCCCUGAAGAUAUUUGUUUUUCUGAGUGUAGAGUUACUUGCACUGGAUAUUCUGAGUAUUCCCUGGCUUGCUUUACACUGGGUUGCAAGAAUGACUUUCAUUUUUGCAUUUUGUUUCUUGCAAGUGGUACACUUGUGUUUUUACAGUAAACUAAAAGCCUGUGAAAUCCUUGGAUUACAAAAUAUUUCCUCACAUUGGGUUUCAGACGAGAGGUAACACCUAAAAAGCCAGAAAAGGAAGGUCUUGCCUUAUAGAGGGAGCUCUGUACAGUGACACAAUAGCUGAUAUAAAGAGUCAGUGUAACUGAGCAGAAGGCAAAGGAACAAAGAAAGUCCAAGACGCAGUGGCUGCUUUAGACAAAAGGAAAGUGGAAAGUCUCUUUUAGGAUGGAGAAAUUUAAGGCUGCUCUUGUGCUGGCAGGGGUAGGGGAUGCUCUUGGUUAUCGAAAUUUCUCCCGGGAAAACAAUGCUUUAGGUGCAAAGAUCCAAGAGGAACUGAAAGAAAUUGGAGGGCUUGAGAAUCUGGUGCUGUCUUCAGACAAAUGGCCAGUAAGUGACAAUACCUUGAUGCACAUGGCUACUGCAGAGGCUCUCAUCACAGAUUACUGGUGUUUAGAAGACCUAUAUCGUGAACUGGUAAAACGCUAUGUUGAUUCUAUUGACAAACUCCCAGGGAGACGGUCAGACCCUGCCACCAUUGAAAGCUGCUCACAGUUAAAGCCGGAUAACUAUCUCCUGGCUUGGCAUACACCGUUUAAUGAAAAGGGUUCUGGAUUUGGAGCAGCUACAAAAGCCAUGUGUUUAGGUAUGAGAUACUGGAAGCCUGAGAGGCUAGAAAGUCUUAUUGAAGUGAGCAUUGAAUGUGGCCGAAUGACUCAUAACCAUCCUACAGGCUUUUUAGGGUCUCUGUGUACAGCCCUAUUCAUAUCGUAUGCAAUUCAAGGAAAACCAUUAGUAAAGUGGGGAAGAGACAUGAUGAAGGUGAUUCCAAUGGCAGAAGAAUAUUGCAAAAAGACCAUUCGACACAUGGCAGAAUAUCAGGAGCACUGGUUUUACUUUGAAGCCAAAUGGCAGUUUUAUUUGGAGGAAAGAGAAAUCAAUGAAGAAAAUCAGAAUAAACCAAGCUUUCCUGAUAAUUAUGAUGCAGAAGAGAGAGAAAAGACUUACAGGAGGUGGAGUUCAGAAGGCCGUGGUGGAAGAAGAGGGCAUGAUGCUCCCAUGAUUGCAUAUGAUGCUAUUUUAGGAUGUGGUGGUGACUGGACAGAACUUUGCAACCGUGCCAUGUUCCACGGCGGUGAGAGUGCGGCCACUGGAUCCAUUGCUGGCUGCUUGUACGGAUUACUUUAUGGCCUGAGCAAGGUUCCUAAAGGCUUGUACCAGGAUCUUGAGCAAAGGGAGAGGCUAGAAUACUUGGGAGAGACUCUUUACCGACUAUCCACAGAGGAAAAGUAAAGCAGUUUCUGCCAUUUUCUCUUUCUUUAAAGACUAUAUCAAAUACUGUAGAUAAGUAACUAAUUUUAAUAACACUGUGAUAGGCUGAGGCUUACUUUUAAAGGCUCUGUAGAAUGUGCACCAGUGCAGUGAGCUGAGUAGUUCAAGAGUAAUUGAACUUGUAAAUGUUCAGUUUGUCAUGUGUUCUGGGGAUUUUUAAGUAUCAAACUAGUAAAAUACAGUCCAGAUCAGUAAAGCUUAUGUUAAAUGGAAAAAAAAAUAAAGAAAGAAAACGUCCUUUUAUCAAAUUCAGUCUAACUUGCUAUCAAGUCACUUUCUAAAUGCUAUGACUAGUAAUUACACAUGUAAUUAAUUUUCAAAAACUAAUACUUGUCUGCCAAAACUAAUUGUCUUGCCCUUUACAGGGGAUGUUCCCUGUAUACUUUUAAAUAUUUGAUCAUUCUUGUUACCACUCUCUUCCCCCUUCUCCCACCAUCCCUCCUCAUCCUCCAGUCUAACAGUCUCUGAUACUUGUAAAUCUAAUGUCUCUCAGAUUAUCUUUUUAUGAACUGUUAACCCUUUGUCAGCAAUAUGCUGCAAUGUAUUAUUAUGUUAGAAGCUUCCAAAAAGGAAAAACUAAGACUAGGAAUACAUCCAAGGUACAACAAAAUGUCAUUGUGUUUAACCUUUCUGAAUUAUCUGUUUUAACUCUAGAUUCUUCAGGGGGAAAAAACCCUAAAAAAAUACAACUGGCUGAAAUAUUUGUAAAUAAAUUAAUCUUAUGCUCUUCAUAA